GACAUGCUCUCCCUCCGGCCGUGCCUGAAGCGGGCUCUCCAAGCAGUGGGGCGGGCACGAGCCUCAGUGUCCCUUAAGAGCUCUUCGCCAAACCGGAGCGCCGUCUUUAGUCUAGAAGUGGGCACGGAGGGUCACCCCCCAGCGGCGGGCUCUCGCUUUCAGGCCGUGGCUCGUGAGCGCUCUGGAAGGAAACAUACGACUGUGCCCCCCCCCCGUCCUGACCACGGCUAGUGGGGGACCUGGCAGAGCCAUGGGUGAGAGGGAGGCACUCCGUGCACGCUCAGCGGCGCCUUAGUUGAGGAGGACGUGUUGCAAAAUGUUCCCUCUGGCAUCCCCGGGAUGAAGCUGAAGAAGCAGGUGACGGUGUGUGGGGCUGCCAUUUUCUGCGUGGCGGUCUUCUCCCUCUACCUGAUGCUGGAUCGGGUGCAGCACGACCCUGCUCGGCACCAGAAUGGGGGCAACUUCCCCAGGAGUCAGAUCUCGGUGCUGCAGAACCGGAUUGAGCAGCUGGAGCAGCUCCUGGAGGAGAACCACGAAAUCAUCAGCCACAUCAAGGACUCUGUGCUGGAGCUGACGGCCAACGCUGAGGGGCAGCCGGUCGUGCUGCCUUUCCACAUGCCCAAUGGCUCCUGGGUGCUGCCCCCUGAGAGCAGGCCCAGUUUCUACUCUGUCUCUGCUCAGGACUGUCAGUUUGUGCUUAAGAGCAACAGCCAGAAGACAGACCUGCAGAUGUUGGCUGUGUCUGCAUUGCUCCCGUAUGACAACCAGGAUGGUGGGGUGUGGAAGCAAGGCUUCGAUAUCACUUACGAGCCACAUGAAUGGGACGCAGAGCCACUGCAAGUGUUUGUGGUUCCACAUUCCCACAAUGACCCAGGCUGGAUCAAGACGUUUGACAAAUACUACCUCGACCAGACACAGCACAUCCUUAACAGCAUGGUGGUGAAGCUGCAGGAGGAUCCCAGGAGGCGAUUCAUCUGGUCCGAAAUUUCCUUCUUCUCGAAAUGGUGGGACAACAUCAGCAGCCAGAAACGAGCUGCCGUCCGCAGGCUGGUAGGCAACGGACAGCUUGAGAUGGCCACGGGAGGGUGGGUGAUGCCAGAUGAAGCCAAUGCCCACUACUUUGCCAUGAUCGACCAGCUCAUUGAAGGGCAUCAAUGGCUAGAGAAGAACAUUGGGGUAACACCACGCUCAGGCUGGGCAGUCGAUCCCUUUGGUCACAGUGCUACGAUGCCUUACCUGCUGCGUCGGGCCAAUCUGACCAGCAUGCUCAUCCAGCGCGUCCACUACGCCAUCAAGAAGCAUUUUGCAGCUACCCAGAACUUGGAGUUCAUGUGGAGGCAAAGCUGGGAUACAGACUCCAGCACCGACAUCCUCUGCCACAUGAUGCCCUUCUACAGCUACGACGUGCCCCACACCUGUGGCCCUGACCCCAAGAUCUGCUGCCAGUUUGACUUCAAGCGUUUGCCAGGGGGGCGCAUCAACUGCCCCUGGAAAGUGCCCCCUAAGGCCAUCACCAGCGCCAAUGUGGCUGAGCGGGCCCAGCUCCUGCUGGACCAAUACCGGAAGAAGUCCAGGCUCUAUCGGAGCAAAGUGCUGCUGGUGCCGCUGGGAGACGACUUCCGCUACGACAAGCCCCAAGAGUGGGACGCCCAGUUCCUCAACUAUCAGCGCCUGUUUGACUUCCUCAAUGCCCACCCAGAUCUCCACGUGCAGGCACAGUUUGGGACCCUCUCAGAUUACUUUGAUGCCCUGUACAAGCAGAUGGGCAUUGUUCCAGGAAUGCGGCCGCCUGGCUUCCCAGUGGUCAGUGGGGACUUCUUCUCCUAUGCGGACCGAGAAGACCACUACUGGACAGGCUACUACACUUCCCGGCCCUUCUACAAGAGCAUGGGCCGGGUGCUGGAGGCCCACCUCCGUGGUGCCGAGAUCUUGUACACCUUGGCCCUCAGCCACGCUCGCCACGCUGGCAUGGAUAGCAAGUACCCGCUGUCGGACUACGCCAUGCUGACGGAUGCCCGGCGCAACCUGGGCCUCUUCCAGCAUCACGAUGCCAUCACUGGCACUGCCAAAGAGGCUGUGGUGGUGGACUACGGUGUCAGGCUGCUUCACUCCAUGAUGAACCUCAAGCGCGUCAUCAUCAAUGCUGCCCAUUACCUGGUCCUAGCAGAUAAAGAGGCCUAUCAUUAUGACCUAGCGGUGCCCUUCCUUGGCGCAGAUGAGGCCCGCCUCAAUCAGGACUCCCUGCCAGAGAAAACUGUCAUCAAGCUGGAUGCAGCACCCAGGUUUGUGGUUGUGUUUAACCCUCUGGAGCAGGAGCGGCUGUGCAUUGUGUCCUUGUUGGUGAACACACCUCGUGUCCGUGUCCUCAAUGAGGAGGGGCAACCCCUGGCAGUGCAGCUCAGUGCCCAGUGGACUUCUGCCACUGACAUGGUGCCCGAUGUCUACCAGGUGUCCAUCAUAAUGCGUCUGCCAGCACUAGGCCUCAGCAUCCUGCAGCUGAGCAAGUCUUUUGACAGCCACAACAUGCUCAAGUCUUCGGUGCGCCUCUUCCUGCAUGGCCGUGACCUCCCUGUCCGCAAGCAUGAAGCCUUCCCGGUGCGUGUUGUCCCCACGGCUGCAGACGACUUCUGCCUGGAGAAUCAGCACGUGAGAGCUUGCUUCUCAGGGCCCAGCGCUUCGCUCAAGAGUGUGCGUUAUGCAGGCGACGAACAGGAGCAGAAGCUGGACAGCCAGUUCCUUGUCUACGGAACCCGGAGCACCAAAGACAAAAGUGGCGCCUACCUCUUUCUGCCUGACGGAGAAGCCAAGCCCUACACCCCCAAGGACCCCCCUGUGGUUCGGGUGACAGAGGGACCCUUCUUCUCAGAGGUGGCUAUUUACUACCCACAUGUCCAGGAGGUGGUUCGGCUCUACAACGUGCCAGGGGUUGAUGGGCUGUCCCUGGAGAUCUCCUGCUUGGUGGACAUCUGGGACCACAUCAACAAGGAGCUGGCACUGCGGUUCAGCACAGAUAUUGAGAGCAAGGGCGCUUUCUUCACGGACCUGAAUGGCUUCCAGAUUCAGUCCCGGCAGUAUCUGAAGAAGUUGCCACUCCAGGCCAAUUUCUAUCCCAUGCCAGUCAUGGCCUACAUCCAGGACAUGCGGAGUCGCCUGACAUUGCACACGGCCCAGGCCUUGGGUGUCUCCAGCCUUCGCAGCGGUCAGCUGGAGGUGAUUCUGGACCGGCGCCUUAUGCAGGACGAUAAUCGUGGCCUUGGGCAAGGCCUGAAGGACAACAAGCGAACGUGCAAUCGCUUCCGCCUCCUACUGGAACGCCGCAGCACUGCUAACAAGAGCUCCGGCUUCUUUUCCAAACUGGCCUCCACGCUUAGAGACUUGGUCUUUCCCAGCAGCAAGGCUGACAGUCGAGAGGCUGAGGCCGGCCGGCUGACGAGUUUCCCAUCUCUGCUAAGCCACGUGACCUCCAUGCAGCUCAAUGCGGAAGUGCUUGUGAUGCCUGUGGUCCAGGAGAAGCCGCCACCCCCACCUCUGAGGUCCUUCCUGCCCCUUUCGGUCACCCUGCCCUGCGACUUCCACCUUCUCAACCUGCGUACGCUGCAAGGAGAGGAUGAUUCUCUGCCCUCCACCGACACCGCUCUGAUUCUACACCGGAAGGGCUUCGACUGUGGCCUAGAGGCCAGAAAUUUGGGCUUCAACUGCACCACCACCCAAGGCACGCUGUCUCUAGGUGGCCUCUUCCAGGGCCUCGAGCUGGCCUCCCUACAGCCCUCCUCUUUGACUCUGAUGUACCCGCUGGCCCCCUCCUCCCCCAACAGCACAGUCAUCCACCUGGACCCCAUGGAGAUUGCCACGUUCCGCCUCCGCCUUGGAUAGGACCCCUCACUAGCCCAGACUGGAUUUUAUUGGCCGGCCAGGCACCAUGGGGGGUAUGGGACUGGCUUCCUCUGCCCGUGCCUUGGCCAGACAGAUGCUGCCCUAUGAGAUGGAGUCUGGUGGCAGGAUGCUGCAAGGGCCCGACACCCGCUGAAGCUGGCCUGGUGGUACUUACUCAUCUGCGCUUAAAAGAUGCGGCUGCAUACAAGGCCAGGCCGGCUUGGCACUGCAAUACGACCUGUGCAAAGACUCCACUGCACACUUGGGCGUUUGGUGCCAGCUACUGAGGAUGACCUAGCUGUGCUGUCAGGACUGGUGCACGGGUGGAGGGGGGAUGCCGUGGUAACCACAGCAAAGACCUCAGCUCCUGUACUCUCUGCUCUUGGGAAACGAGUCUCCACUGCCUUUUCUCCUGGGAGGCCUGGAGGAGGAAGAGGAGGGAAGCAGACUUGAAGAUGUAGCAAACACUGGAAGGAUAUUACAGCUUGUGAGUUUCCUGGAGCUCAGAACAAGCUUUUAGGAAACAAAAUGUUUUUGAAGCAUU